AUGCAAAAGUUUGUUUAAUCAAUUUCCAAAAAUCAGGGAGUUUCUAUUCGAAGCCAUCAUCAUUGGCUCUCUCUUCAACCACUUCAAAGCCCAAAAAACGCUUUAAAAGAUCUUCAAAUUAAAAAAGUCGUGGUCGCAGUUGGAAUGGCUCAAGGCGUCGCGGUUAAAACUUAGCAGCUUGCUGAAAGAUAUCUUCGCGCUCAAGUCGUUUCAGGUCGGGCGCGUUUUGAGACGAGCUUUGAGCCAUUCCAAAUGCAAACAAUGGCCUUGGAGCUUGUCAAUAUGAUGACUAUUUUCUUUUCAAGAGACCGAAAUAAAGUAACUUUUAGGGUUUACGUAAAUAAAGCCCUGAAAAUGGAGAAGAUCAAGUGGAUCGGCUUCGAUAUGGACGCCACCUUGGCUGGUGAUUUUUUUCAUAAAUUUACAUAAGUGAAAAAAAACCGCAGCUCUAAAAAAAUUCAAAGUAAUAGGUUUCACAAAAACCUUGUGUGUUUUGUCAAAACUUAUUUGAUUAUUUCUUAUUUUUGUCCUACAAGUCUUGAAAGUGCGCUCUAGAGAAACAAGACUGUAAACUCGGACAUUGGUAACGCGAAACGGACGUGCUCCGGACGUUUCUGGGCGAUUCUAGGGAUCCCUUAAGAGUUCUGAGGCUACUAAAGUGGUUACUAGAAAUGCCCCGACACGUCCGAUUCGCGUCCCGUUCGCGUUACCAAGGUCUGAGAAGCCCUUCAAAAUCUAAAAAGUUCGAUAGAGCGCACAUUGCAGCUUGAAGGAACUUAUGAAUAAACUAUCAGCCAAAAACAUGUAACCAACUUGUCUCCACAAAAACCUCCUGUAUUUAAUUAUUCAGUUUUUUUCUUCCUAUUUUUUUGAAAAAUGCGCUCUAAAGAGAAAAAUCUCUGGCCCUUUGAAAUCUGUAAAGUUCGGUGGAGCGCACUUGCAGGUUGAAUGAAUUCAUGAAUAAACUAUCAACGAAAAUAAUGAAAAUUGCCCUUUUUCACUGAUUUAACACAUAAAUAACUUGAGCAUAACUAAUUCUGAACUCAAUUUCUUGUUGAAGCCGACUUAAUUCCUCUCAAAUCACAACCUAUUCCAGUCUACAACCUCCAAAACUUUGAAUCGUUCGUCUUCGAACUCGUCCGCGAGAAAUUGAUUCUGAUGGGUCAUUCCGAAGAACUUGCGGUGGGAUCAAAUGAAAAACGACUUGAAUAUCAUCGAAAUAUUCAGAAAUACACGUACGACGCUUCGUUUUCGGUUCGUGGCGCCUGGUUUGACAAGAGACAUGGGAAUUUACUCAAAAGCGAUGAGCACAACAAUAUUUUGGCGGCCUGGCACGGACUUCGGAAAAUGCAGAGGUUUAGGAGCUUCUUAAGACUUUUUCAAGUUUACUAACAUUAUCAAAAUCGACCUUGAAAAAACUAAGGUACCAAAACACUCCACUUAGAAAGCUAGUCAGUUACUCCGAGUCAACGGGAUUUGGGCAUUAAAAAAAACUAACAAUAGGAAUGAUAAUGAUAAUGUUUUCAUGAAAUGCAUUUUUACACGCUGAUUCCAAAUGAAAGCUCGAAGAUUGUCGCAAAGAGGUUUUAACGAAGUUAAGACCGCUGGAACUUCGAGAAGUCCGUCCCUCUCUCUUUGAAAAAAGAUAGGAAAAAAAAUAAUUUAUAACCUUGAUUGAGAACUUUUUUCCUUGAAUCUGUAACGAGCUCAGUUCGAUUGAACUACUUGCAAAAACUCUAGUGGACACUUAAGAUGUUCCUCAAGAACUACUUGGAGAAAACAAUAAAGUGGCCACUUAAACCACCUCUCUAGAAGAUCUUGCCUAUCAGUGGCCACAAUAGUAGUUUUUAUAGUCUCGUAGUACCACUUAGACUUCUUAAGAGGUCACUAAACUUUAGCCUCUUGAGUGGCCACUGAAACUUCAAAACCCUAAACGGGCCGCUGAAAAAUUUUCCAGUAUUUCUAACUUUUAAAAAGCCAAUGGUCUCUCAAGAAGUUUGAGUGGUAAUUCUUUUUCCAAACUACUCGCAAUCAGCAUGGAAAAAAAUGGAUUAUUUUUCCAAUUUACUCUAAGAAAGUCCCGGUUAAAGUCUCAACUUCAAUUUUCGAGCUUUAACUUAUAUUUAAUAAGGAUUCCUUUUAACGUUCCAUUUAGAAAUUCGUUCGAGAUUUUUCUAUCCGGUACAUCACGAAGUGUUUUGACCGAUUAUCAGAAAAAUCCCCUGCCCUUGAAUGAAAAUAUUUUCCUUGUAAACGCAUUUCGAAAACUUUUUCAAAAAUGAACUUUAGCUCCGAGAUCCGAGCAAUGUACCCGAAUAAACACAUGCCGUUCGACGGGGAGCGCGUCUUCGUUCUCAACACGAUUUUCAACCAACCCGAGACUUUCAUGCUCGCCUGUAUGAUCGACAUGUACGAGAGGUCGUCUCUCUACACGGCGUGAGCUUUUUUUUCUCAUUUUUUUGAGUAAAAAUCUUCUUGAACUUCUCAACUCUAGAUGUCUUUUUGUCAGUCAUGAUGUCGGAAUGAUCCUUGUUUAAAAAAAGGCUGAGGGAAGCUGAAGUGAGUCCUUAAGCGAGUUAGAGAUUUAGUGGGUGGACAAGGACUUUCUAAAGCUUGAAGGAUAUGUUAGGGCGAUGGGGGUUUCUACCCUAAAGGACCCACUUCAGACUUUCCCAGAAAGCCAGAGAAGCUCAAAACGCUCUUUUUCUCAUGCGUCCCUUCAGCAAACCAUUGAUCUUUUUUUAAACAUUUUUUUUCAAAUCCCACUAUUGAUUAUGGCUUCUAAUAAAUAAACCAUCACAUUAUUCCUCUUCAAAAAAAGAUUAGAGAAAAAUGCCUUUUUUUCUCUCCUCUAAUGCGAUAAGCUUCUGUACGCUUUACAAAUGAUCGUACAAUCGUGAAAAGCCCCCAAAGAUUUGCACUUUUUCUCCCUAUCAUAGUGAUAUCAGUACAUUUUUAUCGCAAAAAGGUCAAUUUUUAGGACCUCUGAUUGAUUAUUAUGAUUGUAAAUUGGAUUACCAUGAUCUAAAUUAUUGACCUCAUAGCCUUUGAGGAAAGUUUUCUUAGAAAAUUAUUGAUUGAAAAAAGUCCCAACGAGCAAAAGUAAAAAAACAGAGGAGGUUUGAAGAGACGCCAGAGAAGCUAAAUAUACUCUUUUUCUCUAGCGUCUCUUCAGGACAUUUUUUUUUCAAACUCCACUACUGUUUAUGGGUUCUGAAGAUUUUUUUAAGCAAUGAUGAAAAUCUAUGAUACUUACAAUCCGAUUUUUAGAACCGAAGAUGGCCGCGGCUUCAUCUCCGGCAGCAACGUUCUGACGUUUCGCGAAAUUUCGGACGAUUUGCGUCGAGUCGUCGACAUCGUCUUGCGCAGUGUCCGUACUGGAAUUCUCAUCUCGAAAUUUGAAAAAAGCCUUAGAAAAUAAUAUUUAUUCAAACCUCAAAACUACACAAAACUUCAAUGAGCAAAAACUUCAAUUCAUUCUUCAAAGCUCAUCUCAAAAAUUAUAUUCACCUCUGAAACAUGGAUAAAAGUCUUUGAAGCAUACAUUGGCUGGAUCCCAUCCCAGCAUUUUAUGAAAUAUCAAAAAUUAUCUCUUGAGGAAUUUAAACCGAAUUUUGAAGAAAAGUUCUAGAAGAAAAUUACAAAUUCACACGUUUCCAGGACCAAUACAAAAGCCACAUGGUCAACAACCUUGAGAGGUUCAUUCUUCGCGACAAACGGGCGGUCCCGUUUCUGACAAGCCUUCGACAAGCCAACAAGAAACUUUUCCUACUCACCAACUCUGACUUCAACUUCACCAAUGUAAGAUACCGACUGGCAAUUUUGCAAACCUCCCUCCUAUCUUGUUCUAGAACCCUUUUCAGGCUCCCUAGCCAUAUCUAAUCUGACCCACUUGACUUUUCUUUCUCUAAAACGUUUCGAAAAUAGUAAAAACAGCCUUUUUUGAAUUUUCUUGGAAGCUUCUGUCAUUUUUGAGUAUCUUUUUCCACAUCUCCAGACUUUCUUAGGCUUUCCUAACUAUGUAGUCUAAUCAAAACAUCAUUACCAGAAUUUUCAGAGCAUAAACAAAAUUACUAAUUCGGCUUUUUUGAACACCCUAGCGACCUUUUUUGCCUACCCUAUGGCUCCUAAAAUGAAGAACAUUUUUGAAGUCACUGAUGAGCUUCAUCUACGGAACCAACUGGCGAACGCUCUUCGACAUUGUCGUCGUCGACGGCGAGAAGCCAAAAUGGUUUGCGACAGACGCCUUCUUCCGUGAGGUUGAACUGUUUUCUGAUCUGUAUCGAUCAUAAAGUCUUCAGGUUGACGUUCAAACCGGCAAGACAAAAAUGGGUCAUCACGAAGGACCGUUCAGCACUGGCGCCGUCUAUUCUGGGGGUCGGUACUGAUCAUUUGGUUUUGAAAAACCCGUGAAAACUUCUGGCUAGACUCAUUUGAAUAAGUAAAUUGGAAGCUGAACUUAGGAAGCUUGAGAACAACUUUGAAAAGCUGAAGAAAACUAUCAGAAGCUAAAAAAAAAUAAUUAGAACUUUCCACUAUUCUUGGAGCUUCAGGGAACUUUUGAAGACCUUUCAAUCAAGAAACGACUAACCUAAAUUUAUUUUUUCUGCUUCUUCUUCCUACGCCUUUGUAUAGGGACCGCAAAGCCACGCCCCUUUUUGCGAUAGAAAAAGUGGCUUUUUUUUGGUUUUCAACUUUCAUUUUGUUGUAGUUGUAAAAAUAUGUGGAACUGGCGAAUAAAAUUUGACACACAUGUACAGAAAAAGCUUCCUCUUUCGUUUUAAAAAAAUAUUUCACGCUUUUUUUGAUGCGUUCUCGCGGAAUGUCGUACAAAAAAACGUGAAUGGAACUAAAAAAAUUUUUGUCGUUUUUUUACUUUUUUUCAUGUGUUUUUUUAGGUCGAACGCACUCUUUCUUUUUUUAAAUAAUGAUUUUUGAUUCAAGUAACGGUAAUUUUUAAAACAAUAAAAUAAAAAAAUUCGUCUUUGCCAAAAAAAUUUUUAGGGAGCGCCGAAAGUCAUAAUUCAAAAUAUCGUUAAUAAGCGAAUAUAAUCGAGUUUUUUUGUUUUUUUCAAAAAUUUAGACCAUGGUCUUACUUAAAUUUUUUUCUCCACAGCACCUGUGCUUGAAAUAGUUGUUUAAUACGCAAAAAAAUGCUCUUGAAACUAGAGAAUAAAAAUUAGCGGCGUUUAUCACACAGAAAGCGGUCGAACGCAGGUUUUUUUCAAACGAUUAUAUACAUUUAUUAGUAAAAAAAUCUUUCAAUUAAAAAGAAUAAAAUAAAAAAAUUCGUCUUUGCCAAAAAAAUUUACGGGGCCGUUUUAAUGCAGUGAUCGUUAAACGAGGCAAAAAGCACUGAAAAAACUGUUUUUUCGAAGUGAAUUUCCACGGAAAAUUUGAGUAAAGAUUUGCGAACAUAUUCUGAUAAAAAUAGCUGAAUUACUUCAAAUUUUUAUUUUUGAAAUAGGCAAUCUGUGCUAUUCAAACGGCUCAAGGCUAUGGCGGAUGGAAGUUCCCCUCGCCAGACCUAACAACUUGGCGCAGCGCGUGCGCUGCGAUUUUUCAUUUUGAGGUCGCGAGUUCGAUACCCGCAAGCGUCAGUUUUUUGUUUUCUGGAAAAUACCGACUUUUUCGGCAAACUAGCUAAUUUUCAUCAUUAUAGAGCUCUAUUAUGAUUUCUUACAUCAUAAUAGACCAGUAUCAAAACUUGUUCUAAAAAGAAAAAAAUCGAGAAAAAAAUGUCUAAAAUGGAUAACACCAAAAUUUCAGUACUAAAAAAAUGGUGCGCGGCGCGCCACAUUUUUCGUCAUAACUUUUUUCAUCCUCAUUCUUUUCCGAAAAACUAAACGGUUCUGAGUUUCGAAUCGAAACAGCUAUCAAACCAUGCAAAGCUCAAUGCUGAAAAAAAAUUUUCGAAAAUUGGUCUGCGGUCCCUACCUUUGUACCGCUUGAGCGGCGUCGGCGCCCCAAGUCGAUUAGCCGAGGUCCUAUCCUGAUAUCAGUGGACUGGCUCUAGUGGCAUAUCCGCCCUUAUGCGUGACGGCUGGGGACUAUGAAGCCGUGGUUUCCCCCUACCAACAUUACUAAACCCCUUGGUUGGGUCGCUUCGGGGAUCGAACUUGUGACCCUGUGAACCGUAGUCAGGGACACAACCUGUUGUGCUACGGCGCGCCCAUAGCUUACAAGUCUUUGAAAGCUUUAAAAUUAAUAAUUCCUGGAAAAUAAGAGCUUCAGACCAACUAGUCGUACAGGAGGUUUGAAAAAUCAGAAUGACAGUCUUUCCAUCUGCUAAGAAGGCAUAAAAAUACGUAAUAUACAUAGAAAAUCUAGAUUUUCUUUGUUCUUGUCGACCGAUCUGAGGCUUUUCAGAGCUUACUCCGACAGACCAACUAGAUGAAAACUUCUGACUGCCUUAAUCAAAAAACUCACUCUAGUAGAAACUCCAGAAGCUCUUGAAGUCAAUAAAAAUGAAGAUUAUAUCUUUGAAUCGACUCACAGACCUUCGUAAUAGCUCAAAAAUCUUACCAGUCUCAUCCAAAAAGACUAGAGACUUUUUCAAAUAGCUCACUAUAUGAGAACCUGAAAAAAACUUUUUCAGGUUCGGUCGUCGAGUUCCGUCGCAACACGAGACUCACUGGCAAAGACACGCUUUACGUCGGAGAUCACAUUUAUGGUGACGUCAUGCGGUAAUAACCAAUCGAUGAAAAUCAAUCAAUAUCGAUUUUGCUUCAGAUCGAAGAAGACUGGCGGCUGGAGAACUUUCCUGAUUGUUCCUGAGCUCGACCGCGAGAUUUCGGUAAGCUCAUUCUGGAUGACUUGAAACAGUCUAACCUGUCUGCGCUCUCUUAUCUCUCACUGGCAAGGUCAUGGCAUCUUGGGAAUAACACUAUAUAACCAGAUAGGCCCUUGUUAAUUCCACAUAGAGAGCUUUAAAGUCUGAAAAUGCACAGCUUUUCAGUUUUUGAGAAAAAUGGCUCAAAGAUCGAAAAAAUGACCAAUUUUCGUUCAAUAUCAAUCAAUCGAUACUUAAACGUAUUUCGAUCAAUAUCAAUCAAUCGAUACUUGAACGUAUUUUAAUCGAUUUUCUUGAUUUGGAGCCCCAAAAACUAGCAAGUUGUGCAGCAUAAGGCGUCGAGAAUCAUUAUAUGAUACUUCAAAAAGUAUUCCGACCACUUUUCGAAAAACGACUUUUCUAGUGAGCCAUUCCAAGCGCGACCUUGAAACUAUUAAAUGGGUGCUACGAUAAGAGCGAGUUUUUCAUUUGCGAGAAGUACUGUAUGCGGAUAUGCGCAUUGCGUGCAUACACUUCGCGUGUUUACACUUUCGUUGCGUGACGUCACCGGGUCGGACAUCUCCGGGUUUUUUUCCGAGUUUAUUUUUUUCGACUAUUUUUUUCAAUUAUUUUUUUGUUUUUUUCAAGAUUUGCAUUUUUUUCUCGAUGAUAUUUGCACGAUAGAAAACAUUAUCAAAAAAAGAAAAAAUUAAAAAAUAUUCGAAAAAAAAACUCGGAAACAAAAAACCCGGAGAUGUCCGACCCGGUGACGUCACUCAACGAAAGUGUAAACACGAAAAGUGUAUGCACGCAAUGCGCAUAUCCGCAUACCGUACUCCUCGCAAAUGAAAAACUCGCUCUUGUCGUAGCACCACAAAAGGCCAUGCUACCACACCAAAUCAAGAUUUUAAGAUCUGGAAGAGCCAAAGAAAGCGCUACUUGGAGAUGCGUCGGAUCGACCAUCAGCUGCACGAAGAGGAGAUGACGGCGUCUUCGGAGAGCUUCCACGACGAGGAUUCGGAAAACUCGACGAGCCCUCCCAAGAACAACAAACGCAACGUCACCUUCUACAAGGUCGAGCGUUGCUCCAGCUCCCUCAUCACAAUGAGAGCUUCAGGAUGAGGCGGCAAAACUUGAGCUGGAGUACUCAAAAAUGGGCUCAUUACUGAGGUCGGGACUUCGUGAAACGUGGUUCGCCGGUCAGAUGAGACGGUAGGAACUUUUUCUGUGACCUGUCUGCGCUCUCUUUUCUCUCACCGGCGAGGCAGAAAAAUCUUGCUUUUCAAAUUUUGGCCAGGAAGUACGCCUCCUGGCUCCAGAAUAGUAAAAUAACGUUAUGAAAAAAGUCGUAUUUUACAUUUUUCUUUUUCUUUUAGCAGUGUGAUAACCCAUCAUCAGAAAUGCGGACGCCGCUUUUUGAGCCAUUCCGUCUUGCUGUAGCCGGAUUACGGUAGGCAGGUAGGCACCUGCGUAUCUAAGUAUUGAAGAGUUUUUACUAGGCAAGUGAUAUAUCAAUCGAUAGGUAAUCCAAUUUCAGGAACUUUUAUAGUACAUAUCACCUUGGGUUACUGUAGGAAUUUUCGAAUUACGGUGACUUUUGUGUUUGGAAAAUCGGUUUUUCGGUCACCCUGACCGUAGGCAUAGAAUCACAUCGUAAUUACUUUCAUGAAAUAUGUCUUGUAGUAUGUUCUAAACAAUGCAACAAAAAAUAGUUUGAUAUUCUAAACCCUGUCCGCAUUUCUGAUGAUGGGUUAUCACACUGGAUGAAGUUUCAUCAGAAUCAAAAAAUAAAAUUUUUUUUGUAUCCGUUUUUUUGACAGUUACAGAGACCGCCUGUUGAAUUCGGAUAUUUUCUGAUUCUGAACAAAAAAAUUGGCUAUUUUUUUCGUAUUUUUAUCAAAAAAAUAUGAAAAUUAUGACCUUGAAACUAUUCUUACAGUAUAACUUGACAUUCGAAAAUUCAAACCUUCCAAAUUAUGUAAAAAGAUUUCUGAAAAUUUCCGGUCAACUCAAAAAUAAAACGCCCGACUUCAUAAAUGGCAACCAGAUCAUUUUGAUUGGAAAAAUUGAAUUUUUUUACCAUCCUUAUAUUUUUCAUAAUAGGAUGUGACUAUUACGAAGACAAGAAAAGUUCUCAAAAAAAUGCCGAACCAUUCCAGGUACGCGGACCUUUACGCGGGUUGCGUCUACGACCUUCAUCACUACCCGGUCAGCGGCUCUUUCUACGUGGCUCCUCAAUUUUUUUGGCCCACGAGGAGUUGGAGACAAAGGUAAGCUGGAAUUCAUGAUUUUUUGAUGGAAGUUAAAAAAAAUUCAUGGCCAAAAAAAAGUCGGAAGUGUAUUUCGUGGACUAAAGUCGGAAGUGUAUUUCAUGGACUAAUUUUUAUUUUUUUCAAUUUUUUUAAAUUUUUUUGAAAAAGGCCAAAAAAAUAGCUUGAAAAUGAUAAGGAAAAAAACAAAGUUUUCGAAAAAUUCUGGCUUUAGGGAUAUUUUUUUCAAUAAUAAUUAUGAACCUUAUUUUUCAAAAAUGCUUCAAAAAGACGGAAAAAAACUUAGGAACAACAGCAAUUUUAAUUGAAAUCUCUUAUUUUUCUAACUUUUUUUGUUGAUUUCAAAACGUUUUUCUUUGUUUAUUUGAUAUUCUUCUAUUUUUUUGAACCUGAAUUUUUUUAAGAACUGAGACAUUUUUUUCAAUGAAAAAGUAGGUCACUAAAAAACUUAUUCCGAGAAAAUCUCAAAAAACUUCAAAAAUUUUCUCGAAACUCAGUGACAAAUUUCAACCCCAAGCACCUAAAAUUUGAAAAAAACACAGGUUAUCCGUAGAGCACAAAAAUCCUACAAAAACGGCUACUAAAGCUUCUUCCACCAAUUUUCAAGUGUCUGAACUAUUUUUUAAUCAAAUAAUUUCCAGAAUCGAGAAUCUGGCUGACCAGCUUCAACGCCCCCAAGACACCAUUUUUUCAAAACAAGCUUUAUAA